AUAAAAAAUAAAUAACAAAUUAUUAUAUUUAAUUAAUAAAAAUUUUAUUAUAAAGAUAAAAGUUGUUUAUUGGUUAUUAAAUUGGAUGAUAGCAGCAAUCAACUAUAUACCGAUAUAUUUACGAGAUUGGAAAUUCAAAAUGGUAUCACUAAUUUCGAUCGUUACUAAUUUCGUCAUUUUUGCUCUCAUUGCAAUCAACGAUGGAGAUGGAAGAUCAAUGGCCAGGAUAUUGGAGGGAACGGAUGCAGAGCCGGAAAAGUUUCCAUACAUGGUUUCGUUGAGAAGAUGGAAUAAUCAUGUUUGCGGUGGUGCUAUUAUUAGCCCACGACAUAUUCUUACAGCGGCCCAUUGUUUUAUCGGGCGGGCUGAUCCUCCAUAUACCGAAGGGCUGGUAAUCGUUAGUAGUGCUGCGGUAAAUCGGUAUAAUGGUGAGAUUCAUCAGGUUAAGAAAGUAACCCCUCACAGUGAUUAUAGAAAGGGUACUGAGAACCGAUGGCGUAAUGAUAUUGCUGUGGUCGAGUUAAAAAAUGACAUUAGUGAAAACCGUUAUCAAAAACCAAUAGCUUUACCAAAAGCAGACACACCAGGCAAUGUAACAGCUGUAUUAAGUGGGUGGGGACAAACUACUCUGAGAGGUGAAGAAUCAGAUCGACUUAAACAAAGAAUCGUUCGUAUAUUGCCCAAUGACGAAUGCAAUAAAAAAGAUGCUGAUAUUUUAGACACAAAUUUGUGUGGAUUCAAUGGCCGCGGAACUGGAUUUUGUGAAGGUGACAGCGGUAGUCCUUUGAUCCACAAUAAUGAAAUUGUUGGCAUUGUUUCAUUUUCAAUACUCUGUGGAAUAGGAUAUCCUGACUCAUAUACUCGUGUUUACAAAUAUUUAGAUUUCAUUAAUAGCACUAUGACCGGAUCAUAAAUGAAAAAUAUGAGACUAUUCAAAUGAAUUUACUGUUAUAAUUAAUAAUUAAUAUGUUGAAAAGUACAGUAACAAUUUUGUUACCUCGUUUUAUAAUUAAUUAAAAUGAUUUUUUAAUGAA